AAUACGAUAAGAAUAGAGAAGACGGGCAGCAAAAAUAUCGAAGGAUGUGUCUGUGUUUACCAGUGCGUUCGUGUCGGUGUGCCAAGAUGCUUGUGAGUGUGCAGCAAGUGCAGUUAGAAAGUUAGAGAGCUAACUGUAAUUUUCCCCCACCUUUUUGAGAUGGCCCAGAAAAAACCUAUUGCGCAAACCUAAAACACAUCGCAACACGCUGCCCCCCAAAAGAAACUUGUUUGUUCGUACUCGCUCUGAGCUGCUCCCCUGGCCCUCCCUUACGCACGUAAUUCAUCCGAAAUGGAGGAGUCUACUCCCAGCAAUCCGGCUGCAGUUGCGUCACGUGGCCGCGGACGGGGUCGGCCGCCGAAAAUAGCUACGUCCACACCCACCCCGCCCCCUAAUCAGCCGCCCAUGGAGGCAGAUGCGUCUCCAACUCCGCCAGAGGAUCCAGAUGGCGGCCAGAACGAGUGUCGUCGCAGUUCGCGCAAGAAGAUCAUCAAGUUCGACGUACGCGAUUUGCUCAACAAGAACCGCAAGGCGCACAAGAUCCAGAUCGAGGCACGCAUCGACUCUAAUCCCAGCCUCGGCUCAUCGGGGCCGACUGGAGCAUCCACAUCCGCAUCCACGUCCGCCGCAGCCGCAGCCGCCGCCUCAUCCUCAUCCGCCCCUGUGUCCGUGAGCCGUUUGUUCUCCAUGUUCGAGAGCAGUCAGCAAUCGCUGCCGCCACCUCCGGCACCGCCCGCCCUGGAGAUCUUCGCCAAGCCCAGGCCCACCCAGAGCUUGAUUGUGGCCCAAGUGACCAGCGAACCGGCGUCUGGCAAUCCCGUCCAGACGCUGGCCAGCCUGCCAGUGGUGGCCGCCCGCAAGCGUGGACGUCCCCGAAAGAGCCAGCCUGCGGUGGCGGCCACUCCAUCCGCCAUCGGUCCCAGCUGCUCCGACUCGGACACCAAUUCCACCACCAGCACGAUCAAUUCCACCACGAGCAGCAGUGGCGACAGCGGCGAGGCAGCUGGCUUUGCCAAACGGAAGCCCAAGUCCAAGCUGCGGGUGUCUCUCAAGCGCUUGAAUCUGUCCCGCAGGCAAGAGUCCUCUGACUCCGGCAACUCGCCAUCGUCUUCGUCGCCGGAAGUCGAGCCGCCAGCACUGCAGGACGAGAAUGCAUUGGACGAGCAGCCGGAGCAGGAGGAGAAGUUGUCCCGUAUGGUCAUUGCGCAGGAAAACUCCGACUCCGAUUCGCAAAUCAUAUUCAUCGAGAUCGAAACCGAAAGUCCCAAGCCGCAGGAGAAGCAGGAAGAGGAAUCUCCGGAGCCACGGGCUCUGGUCGACAUAGACAUCGAGGUGGCCAAGGAGGGUCAAACUCCCGAUCCGGAACAAGAUCUUGACGAGAUUAUGGUAGAGGUGAUCAGUGGUCCGCCCAGCCUUUGGUCGGCGGACGACGAAGCCGAGGAGGAGGAGGAUCCGGCAGCAGAGAGAACCACUCCACCGCAAGGAGAACCGGAAGCAGAGUCAACCUCUCCAGCUCCUCGGCGCAGCAGGCGAUCCGCGCAGGCUCGGGGCAGCAGCCGGCAAGGAAAAACUCUCGAGGAGACAUUCGCCGAGAUAGCCGCCGAGAGCAGCAAGCAGAUCCUGGAAGCGGAGGAGUCGCAGGACCAAGAGGAACAGCAUGUGCUGAUACAUCUAAUUGAGGACAGUCUUAGUCAGCCGGAGCCUUUGCCUUCCCAGUCCCCCAACAUUGAGCACAUGGAGGUGGCGGAUGUGGUAGCCGCGACCGAAUCUCUACAGGAGCAGGAUGUAAUGCCUAAAAAACAGGAAUUUGUCAUUGAAGUUGUUUUAGAGACACCAGAGGCCAAGACAGUCACACCAGAGCCAGAGAAGGAAAUCUCAGAGUCUGCUAAGAUCGCUCCAAACUUGAUAGAAGCCGUCCCAGAACCUAAAAAAGAAACUGAAGUUGUACCAAAGGUAGUAUUGGUUACCAAAACUGCUUCGACGUCGAAAUUGGUCACCAAAGGUGCACCAAAAUCAGAUUUGGUAACAAAAGCUGUUCCCAAGGCAGAAGGGAUUACUGAAACACAGGCAGCGAGCGCCGUAGAUGUACAGCCCGUAGAGAAACUGGUUAAAAAAUCAAUUGCAGAAACGAAACCACCUGCAGUACUUGUCUUAGCGGAAAAUAAACCGACUACAAAAGUGGAGAAAGAGCCGGAGCCGAAAGAGGAAGCUCAUCGAAAGCAGGCGGGGGAAGAUAUACCCGACCCCGAAAGCUCAGAGCAUUCGAAAUCAACGGAAGCUAUUCCAGAGUCUAUACGUAUUCCGCAAACAGAAGUCGACACCGAGGUGUCUCAGAAGGUAAUCCCGGACCGUAACACUGAAAACGAAGAAAUUCGAGGAGUACCAGGCGUUCAGUCGUCACUGCCAACUAUAAAAAAGUCGAAAGAUGAUAUGGAGGAAACUGAGUCCCCUGCUGAAAUUUCUGCAUUGAAGACUGAGUCAGCUAAGGAAGAUAAGAUAGAUGCGGUUCCAGCAGAAGCGAAAACCACUAGUGGUGCGGGAGGGCCAAAAUCCCCGUCAGAAAUUAGAGGAAGUAAACAGGAGCAGGAGCAGAAAAAAUCCGCUGUGACAGGAAAGAAGCAAGCCAAAAUCGAACUGGAGCAAAAGAAAACUGCUUUGGAAGAGAAGAAGGUGCGCAAGAAAUCGCUCACAGACUCUACUGCCAAAAAGGAUAAAGAAGCUGAGAAGUCGUUAUCGGUACCAUUAGAAGUCCCAGCUAAAUCCUCACUAGCAGCUGUAGCUAAAAGAGAGACCGAAGCUAGGAAUUCUUCACCCAUUGAGCUGGAAAAAACCUCCUCAGAAGUUUUGCUUAAAAAUGAUAAGGAUUCUGAGAAAUCCCCCUCAGAAAUUACUCUUAAAAAGCAAAAAGACGCAGUAAAAUCCUUAACAUUAGAUGCAUUCGAGAAGGAAACGAAUAUAAAAAAAUCUUUACCAGAAAUGAAUCCUGGAAAACAAAAAGAGGCUGCCAAAUGCCAAAAAGAAGCCGCUACAAAGAAGGAAAUUGAAAAGGAGAAAUCAGCAUUAAAUGUUAGUUCAUCAGCGAUGGAGGAACUGGAUAAUUCCACAACCGAUUUAACUCCUAAGAAAGAAAGCAUUAAAAUCCCACCAGAAGUUGUUCCCUUGGAGAAGGAGACAACUAAGCCAAUACCAGAAUCUCAACCGCCAGAGAUCUCGAAAUCCACACCAGACCAUGCAACAACCACCGAAUCAUCAGUUUCAGCUGCAGAGGCGCCCAAAGAGGAACAGGCAGCAAAGAAGUUGCUCACCGAGUACUUUACUCCAUCUUCCAGCAAAUCUAAGGAGAAAUUCUCUCCAGGCUUCGUUGAAUGUGAUGCCAUGUUCAAGGCAAUGGACAAGGCCAAUGCCCAGAUGCGUCUUGAGGAGAAGAGCAAGAAAAAGCAGAAGAAAGUACCAGCCAAGGUGCACUCACCCAUUCCCAAUGCCUCCACGCCGGCCCCUGGCCAAAAGAAGCCGCUGGGAGGCAAGGCCAGUUUACGCCGGAACACCAUUUACGAAGUUUCACCCAAGCAGGACAGGAAUAGCUCUCCGAGCUCUGACUCAACCCAAGUGAUCACCCCGGUUGGCAAGAUGAAGCGAUCGAAGGCCAAAAAGAAGCUGAGUGCGAGGCGCAGCACGAUCUGUGAGGAAGCUAAAGAUCUCAGAGGCAGCAGCCCACCAAUGGAAGAAUUGGCCGCCAGUUCGCCUGUUUCCACCUCAUCGGAUUCCUCUUCGAAACGAAAUCGACCCAAGACAGCCUCCCCUGAGCUGGCCAGUGGCGCUAAGUUGGAUCUGCGCCGAAACACAAUCUGCGAGGAUCGUCAAGCUGAGACCGCCACUCCUGUUCCGCUGACCAAGCGUCGCUUUUCGAUGCAUCCCAAGGCUUCCGCGAAUCCUCUGCAUGACACCCUUCUGCGAUUAUCUGGCAAAAAGAGGGGCAGAAAGGCUGGCAAGGAAUCGAUGAGUCGCCAUAAUUCCUUGGACUCCAGUUCCAGUGCUUCUCAGGGAGCCCCAAAAAAGAAAGCCCAAAAAACCGCAGAGUCCCUACAUGCCGCUCUUAUGGAGACUGAGUCGUCCGAGUCCACAUCUUCGGGUAGCAAGAUGCGACGCUGGGAUGUGCAAGCUUCACCGGAACUGGAGGCACCCAAUCCCCUCAGAGAUAUUGCCAAAUUUAUCGAAGACGGAGUAAAUCUUCUCAAGCGCGAUUACAAAGUUGAGGAAGAUCAACGGGAGGAGGGACAGGAAGACGUCAAACGAGACCAGGAUGCCGAGGAAGAUGAGUUUGCGCAACGAGUGGCUAAUAUAGAGACCCCGGCCACAACACCUUCUCCUUCACCGACGCAGUCCAACCCAGAGGAUCCCGCCUCCAACACCAAUCUUCCUCAGGAAAGUAGCAGUGGAGGUGUGCGACGCUCCCACCGUAUAAAGCAGAAGCCGCAGGGACCGCGGGCCAGCCAGGGAAGAGGCGUGGCCAGCAUGGCAUUGGCACCGAUCAGCAUGGACGAGCAGCUGGCUGAGCUAGCAAAUAUCGAGGCCAUAAACGAGCAGUUUCUGCGCAGCGAGGGGCUCAACACCUUCCAGGCGUUGAGGGAGAACUACUACCGGUGCGCCAGGCAGGUAAGUCAGGAAAAUGCGGAAAUGCAAUGCGACUGUUUUCUUACUGGCGACGAGGAGGCUCAGGGUCAUCUGAGCUGCGGUGCCGGCUGCAUCAACCGGAUGCUGAUGAUCGAGUGCGGGCCACUGUGCACCAAUGGCCAGCGGUGCACGAACAAGCGCUUCCAGCAGCACCAGUGCUGGCCAUGUCGCGUAUUCCGCACGGAGAAGAAGGGAUGCGGCAUUACGGCGGAACUGCAAAUCCCGCCGGGCGAAUUCAUCAUGGAGUAUGUGGGAGAGGUAAUCGAUAGUGAGGAGUUUGAGCGACGACAGCAUCUGUAUUCGAAGGAUCGCAAGCGUCACUACUAUUUCAUGGCCUUGCGAGGAGAGGCCAUAAUUGAUGCCACCUCAAAGGGAAACAUUUCAAGGUACAUUAACCACAGCUGUGACCCGAAUGCAGAGACCCAAAAGUGGACGGUAAACGGAGAGCUGCGAAUUGGCUUCUUCAGCGUAAAGCCGAUUCAAGCUGGUGAGGAGAUCACAUUCGAUUACCAGUAUCAGAGAUACGGCAGAGAUGCACAGCGUUGCUACUGCGAGGCAGUCAACUGUAGAGGCUGGAUAGGAGGCGAGCCAGAUUCCGAUGAGGGGGAGCAACUGGAUGUGAGCAGCGACAGUGAGGUCGACAUGGAGGAUGAGGAAUUGGAGCCCGAGCCAGGGGCGGAGGAGGAGCAGGGCCAGCCACGGAAGACUCCCAAGGCAAAGACCAAGUCCAAGGUCAAGGUGAAGUUACCUUUGGCCACCAAUCGCAAGCGGAAGGAACAGCAGCCCAAGCCCAAAGAUCGGGAAUACAAAGCCGGCCGCUGGCUAAAACCCACUGCUUGCGGUUCUUCAGGGUCGGGAGAGAAGGCGUCAAGGAAGCCAAAGGUCAGCAAAUUCCAUGCAAUGCUCGAGGAUCCCGAUGUCCUGGAGGAACUCUCACUGCUCAGUCGCAGCGGGCUGAAGAACCAGCUCGAUACGCUCCGCUUUUCGCGCUGCAUGGUUCGCGCCAAGUUGCUCCAGACCCGUCUUCAACUCCUCGGUGUGCUCACCCGUGGGGAAUUACCCUGCCGCCGGCUCUUUUUGGACUAUCACGGCUUGAGAUUGCUACAUGCCUGGAUAAGCGAGAACGGCAACGAUAACCAGUUGCGAAUGGCUUUGCUGGACACCCUUGAAUCGCUACCCAUUCCAAAUCGCACCAUGCUGAAGGACAGUCGUGUAUACCAGAGUGUCGAACUGUGGAGCAGCAAUCUGGAGCAGCGGCAGCCUUCGGUGGAAGAUGGAGACCAAGCCCAGACGCAAGCGGCUCUACACAAACGUAUGGUGGUCCUGCUCGAAAAAUGGCAGGCUCUGCCUGAGAUCUUCCGCAUCCCCAAGCGCGAGCGAAUCGAGCAGAUGAAGGAGCAUGAACGGGAGGCGGAUCGCCAGCAAAAGCACGUUCAUGCGAGCACCGCCCUGGAGGAUCAACGGGAGCGGGAGAGCAGCAACGAUCGCUUCCGUCAGGAUCGAUUUCGCCGGGACACAACCAGCAGUCGAGUUGGCAAACCCAUACGCAUGAGCGGGAACAAUACGAUUUGUACGAUCACCACUCAACCGAAGGGCAGUAAUGGAUCCUCGGACGGUAUGGCCAGGAACGACAGUCGCCGAAGGUCUGACACUGGGUUCUCAACUGAGCCAAGACGUACGCUGUCCAAGGAGCAGAGGCGUAGUCUGUUCGAGAGGAAGGUGGCCCUCGAUGAGGCUGAGAAGCGUGUUUGCAGCGAGGAUUGGCGGGAGCAUGAGCUGCGCUGCGAGUUCUUUGGUGCGGAUCUGAACACAGAUCCCAAGCAGCUUCCCUACUAUCAGAACGCUGACACUGGUGAGUGGUUCAACAACGAGGAUAUGCCUGUGCCAACACCGCAGCGCACAGAGCUCCUGUCGCAGGCGCUGCUCUCCCCCGAAAUGGACAGUGGACAGUCGGCUCCUCCUGCCGUGGAGUACAAGCUGCCAGCUGGAGUGGACCCCCUGCCGCCCGCCUGGCACUGGCGGAUGACAAGCGACGGCGACAUCUACUACUACAAUCUCCGCGAACGAAUAUCGCAAUGGGAGCCACCCAGUCCGGAACAACGCCUCCAGACCCUGGUGGAGGAGGAUUCCACGCAGCAACCACUUCAUGAGCUUCAGAUCGAUCCCGCGCUCCUGGCCACCGAGAUGAUCCAGGUCGAUAUGGAUUACGUGGGCUCGCUCAGUUCCAAAUCCCUGGCGCAAUACGUCGAGGCCAAGGUACGGGAGCGCCGCGAGCUGCGUCGCAGUCGCCUGGUCUCCAUUCGUGUGAUCAGUCCAAGAAGGGAUGAGGAUCGCCUGUACAACCAGCUAGAAUCUCGAAAGUACAAAGAAAAUAAGGAAAAGAUCCGCCGACGCAAGGAGUUCUACCGCCGACGCAAGAUCGACGUCCCUACCACUGCCACAGCUUCCCUUCCGACUUCUUCGGCCAAUUCAGAAGAUGCUUCCGCCAGCAGCUCGCUGCCCAUCCAGGCCUAUUUGUACUCUUCCGACGAGGACGCGUUCGAUGCUCUAGCUGCGGAGCAGCCCGUCGCAGAUGGGCCUGUGGCGCAGGUGGAGGAGCUGGAUUCACUUAAUUUGGCGCCAAGCACCAGUCAUGCCGCCCUGGCGGCCCUCGGCAAGUCAGCCGGUCAGGCGGUACAGGCGAGCGGAUCAGGCAGCAAGCGCAAGUUACCAAUGCCACCAAACGUCAAAAAACAUCGUCAGGAGCACCGGAGCAAGAAGAGCAAAAGCUCUCACAGUCUUUUGACCACCAUAAGCGGACGCGAGGCCCAUGAGAAAUUUCGUUUCGAAAUUAGCGGGCACGUGGCCGACUUUCUACGUCCCUAUCGCAAGGAGAGCUGCCAACUGGGCAGGAUCACUAGCGACGAGGAUUACAAGUUCUUGAUUAAGAGGCUAAGCCACCAUAUUACCACCAAGGAAUUGAAGUAUUGCGACGUGACCGGCCACCCCUUAUCCUGUACGGAAUCCGUCAAGCACAAAUCCUACGACUUUAUUAACCAGUACAUGCGAAAAAAGGGCCGAGUGUACCGAAAACCUGCAGAAAGCACUAUAUAUUAGCGCACCAACUCCAAUAACCACGGGCAAUAGAAAUUCCCUUUUUCUGCACCAGAACCCGAACCAAAUCCCACAUGGAACUUAAACUACAAUUUUACAUUAAGUGUACACAUUAGUUAAGAAUUUACACCCUUAGUAGGUGAUCUACCCCUCAAAGUGGGUAGCGCCUGAAUUGAGUUUAACUAGAACGUCUUAGAAAGAGAUAGAACAUUAUUACAUACACGGAAAGUGAAUGGAAGCUACAAAAUAUUAUAACAGCUGGGGCUUAUAAGUAAAUGCGAAUAAAUGGUAAAAUAUCAUAAUUGUAAAUCAUUUUUAGGUAAGUUUCUUUGCUAUUUUCAAGCUAACGGAAAAUAAAGUAAAAUAUGACAGUAAA